UGAUGUCAUUCCAAAUGGUCCAUCCUCCUGUCUCAAAAGUGCUGUAAUUUUCUUCAACCACCGGAAAUUUGACUCAGGAGAGGAAUGCAGGACCCGUAGCCAGUUAUAAUACACAACUUCUAUCAGCAGCAACCCAGUCAGACCAUGGCUGGCUUCAGACAAGAGGAUGUGGAGGCGUUCUAUGAUAUGGGGGAGGAGCUGGGGAGUGGACAAUUCGCAAUCGUACGGAAGUGUAAAGACAAGAGUUCUGGCUCGGAGUACGCCGCCAAGUUAAUCAAGAAGCGUCGCCUGUCGUCCAGCCGCCGGGGCGUGAGCCGCGAGGAGAUCGAGAGGGAGGUGAACAUUCUGAGAGAGAUCCAGCACAGCAACAUCAUCACGCUGCACGACAUCUUCGAGAACAAGACGGACGUCAUCCUCAUCCUGGAGCUAGUGUCUGGGGGGGAACUAUUUGACUUCCUGGCAGAGAAGGAGUCUCUAACAGAGGAGGAGGCCACACAGUUCCUCAAACAGAUCCUGGACGGGGUCCACUAUCUACACUCCAAACGCAUCGCUCACUUUGACCUGAAGCCAGAGAACAUCAUGCUGCUUGAUAAGAACGUUCCCAACCCCAGGAUCAAACUCAUCGACUUUGGCAUCGCUCAUCAGAUCAAAGCUGGAAAUGAGUUUAAGAAUAUCUUUGGAACGCCAGAGUUUGUUGCUCCAGAGAUAGUCAACUAUGAACCCCUCGGACUGGAGGCUGACAUGUGGAGUAUUGGAGUUAUCACAUACAUUCUUUUGAGUGGUGCCUCUCCUUUCCUGGGGGAGACCAAGCAGGAGACUCUGACCAACAUCUCUGCUGUCAACUAUGACUUUGACGAGGAGUACUUCAGCAAUACCAGUGAGCUGGCCAAGGACUUCAUCAGACGCCUGCUGGUCAAGGAUCCCAAGAAGAGGAUGACCAUCGAUGACAGCCUUCAGCAUCCCUGGAUCAAGGUGAUCAAGAGGCGGAACGUGCGCCAGGAGGAGAGCGGGAAGAAGCCGGAGCGCAGGCGUCUGAAGACCACGCGUCUAAAGGAGUAUACUAUCAAGUCUCACUCCUCCAUGCCCCCCAACAACACCUACGUCAACUUCGAACGCUUCUCCCAGGUGCUGGAGGAGAUCGCUGCUGCUGAGGAGGGGCUGAGAGACCUGGAACAAAACCAGAGGUCGUGCCGGGAGGACGUGGCUGCUCUCCUGUCUAUCUACGAGGAGAAGGAGGGCUGGUACAAGGAAGAGAACCAGAGCAUUGCCAGCGACCUGGGUCACAUCCGCCAAGAGCUGCAGCGUACCCAGGCCCAGCGCAGGCAGAGUCAGGAGGACGCCCGCGCCACCAUGCUGGCUGCUAACGCCCUCAAGAGGAAGUUUGGCCGUCUGGAAAACCGUUACGAGGUCCUGGCAGAACAGGUGGCGUCUGAGGUGCACUGGGUGGAGGAGCUGGUCAGGGGGAUAGAGAAGGAGAAGGACAGCCUCGUCAUGCCCUGAGGCCAGCCUGGCUUCUAGUAUCACUGACCUGGUCAUGCCCCGAGGCCAGCCUGGCUUCUAGUAUCACUGACCUGGUCAUGCCCUGAGGCCAGCCUGGCUUCUAGUAUCACUGACCUGGUUAUGCCCCGAGGCCAGCCUGGCUUCUAGUAUCACUGACCUGGUCAUGCCCUGAGGCCAGCCUGGCUUCUAGUAUCACUGACCUGGUCAUGCCCCGAGGCCAGCCUGGCUUCUAGUAUCACUGACCUGGUCAUGCCCCGAGGCCAGCCUGGCUUCUAGUAUCACUGACCUGGUCAUGCCCCGAGGCCAGCCUGGCUUCUAGUAUCACUGACCUGGUCAUGCCCCGAGGCCAGCCUGGCUUCUAGUAUCACUGACCUGGUUAUGCCCCGAGGCCAGCCUGGCUUCUAGUAUCACUGACCUGGUCAUGCCCCGAGGCCAGCCUGGUUUGGUACAGACAACGGUCUUAUAUACCAGCUGUCAUUAGAUUCAGAACAAAGGCCCGGAGUUUUUCUGGUGAGGGAAAACUCUGGCCCCUGAUCAUAAGCCAUGAUGCUAACCCCUCAGACAUUUGAUUAGGAAACAUGAUCCCCCCUCCCCAUCUUCCCUUUUUAAUGAGACCACCAACGAUGUAUAGAGUCCCUCCCUACUAUGAAUACAUUUAAUCAACAAAAUAUGUGUUUAAAGAAUGUCCAUUCCAGUAUUUUCUCAAUUAUUUCAUAACGUUGAAAAUGGUAAAGAUUGUGAUUCAUUUUUGCAGUAUAUUUGGUUAAGAUGGUGAUACAUACAUACAGGAAGGUUUUCUGCACCUGCAAUAAUUUUCCUAUAGUUUUUAGCCCCAUACUUAAAGGGAUAUUUAUCAUUAACAGCUGACUAUGAUUAACCAAUAAGGCCCGGGGGGGUGUGGUGUACGGCCAGUAUACCGUGGCUAAGGGCUGUUCUUAGACACGAUGCAACACGGAGUGCCUGGACACAGUCCUUAGCCGUGGUAUAUUGGCCAUAUACCACGAACCCCCAAGGCGCCUUAAAAAAAAAACUGGUUACCUAAGUAAUUAGAGCAGUAAAAACAAAUGUUUCGUCAUGCCCGUGGUAUACAGUCUGAUAUACCACGGCUGUCAGCCAAUCAGCAUUCAGGGCUGGAACACCCAGGUUAUAAGUAACAACAACAUAGUAGAAACAAUAGAACGUGUGUUAUAGGGAGAUUCCAUUUUGAAGUUAAUCUUAUAGACACUCAACAACCGUCUUGCUGUACUGCGAAGCUACAGACAGAUGCAGAUACUAUACUAUAUAUUUAUACUAUAUAAAUACUAAUAGUUCUCUUACGUGUGAAGAGAGUCGUCUUAAAAUGGAUUGUACAAACGUGUUUUGCAACUUGCACGCAGCCUGUACAUUGAACACCUUAUUGCCUAUACAUAAGCUAAAUCAGGUGUGUAGUAAUGUCUAAACCUCUUCAUGAAUAAUGGAAGUCUAGUGACUGUCCCUCCAAAACGUUUUAGGCUAGUUUCCCGGACACAGAUUAAGCCUAACCCUGGACUAAAAACAAUGGAGAAUCUCCAUUGAGAAAAUAGCAUUUUAGUUCAGUAUUUAGCUUUAAUCUGUGUCUGGGGAAAACCGUCCCUUUCGAAUACAACUAUUGCACAGUAGCCUCAUACCAAAUGAUCUGCAUGUCUAUCUGCUACUAUAUUUGAAUGAUUAUUUUAGUCCGCCUUCUGUCGCUAUGACCAUAGCCCCACACUACAGACAUUCCAUGAGUUGGUCUUAAAUCUAUGCAUCACAUUCCAUGUUCCACAUAGAACUCUAUGUACUGUACAUUUCCCUAGUUUAAUAUACUAUUUUGCACUUAAAUAUAGCCGUGUACCAAACUUUUUCCCAUUCAAUAAUUUCUUCUUCUUUUUUAUGUACCCAAAACGUAUAAUGGUAUGUAUUGUUAAGUUUGAAUGAUGACAUAUUUAGAUGGGGUUUUGUUUCAAAUAAACAAACUCAUAACCUAAA